UAACCACGUCAAUCGAGAUUGAAUGAAUGAAUGAUCUUGAUGGUAUCUCAACUGAAAUGAGUUUUGUCUGAAGUAGGUAAAGUAUUGAUGAUAACAAGAGGAGGAAAAAAAAGAAAGACAGAAAAGAUGAUGAUGAUGAUGGUUUCUCUCUUUUCCCAUGUUGAAUGUUAUAUCUUUUUUUUCAAUUCAGAUUGGAAUUGGUGAGGAAAAUAAUAAGGAACACUUAAGAUGUAAGUGAAAACAUGAAUAAACAAUUGUCAUUAUUGUCAAUUUUUUCGUCACAUUGAACAAAAUAAAUUAUCUGCAACUUGGAACCCUAGGAAAUCAACAAUUGAAUAACAACACAAAAAAUGAGGAUCAACCUGGAACAUUCAGUUAAUUGAAUCAAAAGGAGAAAAAAAGAAACCGUUAACUACCAUUGAAUUUUGUUGGCAAAGCAAAUGUUGGAACUGAAUAAUUUAAAAAUUAUGAGAAAUCAAGUCAAAAUUGAAUCACUUAUACAAUUCUAUUAAAUUUAACUUUACACAUGAAAUGGAGGGAAGCACAAAAAAACAGCAUUUCACUUGAAAAAAAAAGGAUAAAGGAUAUUAUCAAAUCGCGGAGUAACCUUUGGAUGAUUUUUGGAAAUCGGAGAAACAGCAGCUUCAAUGCUGAAAUGAUUCUUACACAAAAAACUGUUAAACAAAGUGAUGUUAAUGUGUACAUCCUUUUUCCAUAUUACACUAACAGCUAUUAAUGUUGAUCAUAUAAAUGUACACAUCGUAGGAUGGCUUAUACAAUGAAGUGUGAUAAGAUAAACAGAUACAGCAAUGGAAAGAUAAUUUAAUCAUCAUCAGUCAAAGGAAUAACAUUCAACAGAAGCCAAGGAUACAGGGAGAGAAAAUUCAAGAAUAUAUAUUUAUAUGAAGAGGAGAGGAAAGAGGAAAAAAGCUAACCCUUGAAAGAUGCAUAAAUUGAAGGCAAAAUGGACCAGAUCUUAAGUUGGUUAAACUAUGCAACAACAGGCAGUGAACAAGGAAUCAAGCCAAAGUGGAUAUCCAAUAUUCAAUAUAAAAAAGAUUAAGCAUAUGUCAAUCAAAGAGGACUGGGAGUGAAAAAUUGUUAUUCAAUUUAGAGAUCAUUUCUGAAAAUAGAUCGUCAUUUUGUAUUAUCUUGAAAAGUUGAGUUGAAAAGUGAACCUUUUUAACCUUUACAACUUAACCAAAGAGAGAGAAACAAAAUGUAUAUUUAUUUUUCAUAAAUAACCUCCAUUAAUUGAAUGAGAAUUGUGAUUUGGAAUAAUAGUUUUGUUUCUGUGGAAAGAUUGAUUCCAAUUGCAAGAUUGAAUCAAUUAAUAUGAGUAUUCCUAAGAUGAGGUGAAAAUAGAGAAUAGAGAAAGUGAGAAAGAAAAGAAAGAUAAUCUCACCUUUUCAGUUUGAUUGUUGAUGAAAGUUGAAUCACUUUACUAAUCACGCAACCGUGAACAAUAAUAUUGGGCACAGUAACAGUUUCAACAGCAGAGGGCAGACUCUUUUAGAUAAACUCAUAUAAUUCUGUCUUUCUCAUUUCUCUUUCUUUCCUUCUUUCUCUAUCUUCACAUCUCCCUUGAAAUGCUUAGAUAAUACUGAGUGAGUGAGAAAUAAAGGAAAAAAAGAAAGGAGAAUUAAAGUUACAAGUGAGUCUGGGAGUGAAAACGAGUAAAGUUUAAUGUUGAUAUUGAGUUUAGCGAGAUGUCAAAUAUAUAUAUAGAAAUCUCUGUAUACUUGUUUGUAAGAAUGUUACUUCUCUCUCCUUCAUCUUUCUCAUCAUUUUGCUCAUCUUUUUUCGCAUCUCUCACACACAUUUAGUCUUCCUUUAGUCUCCAUCAUCUCUUUCAUCUUGACACAGCCAAAGAACAAUGAGAACAUUGAAAAGUUUCUCUUCUUCUUUUUUUUAUUUGUUAUAACCUUUUUUAAACAUGAUCAAUUGAAGUAAAGGAAGAUUGAGAGAAAAAGUGAAAAGACAGAAUGUUGAGUUUUUUUUCUGUUCACCCAGAAAAAAAUGAGCAGAGAAACUGAUAGAUGAGUAAAACUAAAGAGAAGAUGAUAAGAUAGAGAAAAGAGAAAGUGAUUAUUAUAAGAGAUUGAAUGAAGAAGAAGAUGAAAAGAGAAAUAAAAACGAUAAUAUAUAUAAAUAUAUCAAUCCUUUUUCACCUCACAUUUACUCUGUUAACAUCAAAAUAACUUUACUCUCCAUCUUGUUGUAUAUUGUUUCUGAUCAUUCCCAUGGAUUACCUUGGAUUCACAUUCAUCCCGAGUCAUCCAUAUCAUCGUUUAAGGAAUGAUAAUCAUUUCAUCAAUUAUUCUUUCCCAUCUUAAUUGUCCAAUUCAACAAUCAUAUUUACCCUGAGCAACAUCAACCAAACAUCAUCUCGAGUUGAUAAAAAUCAACUCCAUUUUCAGCUAUAAUUGAUUGCCACAACAUUUUUCGCCAACAACAACCUUUUCCAAGUCCAUCAUUUUAUCAUCUUUCCUGUUAUUUAUUUACCUAUUUUUUGCCUCUCGUUCUCUGGUGAAUGUCCAUCUAUUAUUGAUGUGAAUUUAGAUGCAGGAUAAAAUCAACUCUUUGAAUAUUCUUAAACAAACCUUGACCGGUGUUGGUUACAAUUCAAGUAAUUCAAUUAAAUUGUUCAAUGGAACGGAUAACAAUCAAUCAAUAACUGCAUCAACCUCAAAAUGUAAUCUUAUUAACAACAGUGUUAAUGAUUCAGGUGAUGAUGAGAAUGGAAAUAUUAUGAUGAAUAAACCAAGUGAUCAUAAUAAUAGUAAUGCUGAUAAUUGUUCACCUUUAACUGCCUCUUGGCAUCAACAUGUUUACUCUAAACCACCGCGAAAACCGACACCAUUUUUAAUUGCCAACAUUCUGGGUCUAACCAAUUGUGAUAAAGAUUAUAAUAGUUCAACAGUUGAAAACAAAAAUUGCAAAAAGGAUAAAAAACGGAAUAAUUCAAAUGAUAAAGUUGAUUCAAAUUGUGGAAAUAAUAUCAAUAAUAUGGAUAAAAUUGGUACAUUGAGUACAACUAAAGGAUUUACUAAGCCAACAACAGGUAAAAAUAAAAGCAAAUCGGCUAAAAAUGGUGAAAAUAAAUGUUUAAAGUCAACAUCUAAAUUGUCAUCAAGUAAAACCAGUUGUGAUAAUUCCAACAAUUCAAAUAUCAAUUUGAUGAGUGCGACAACAACCGCAGCCAACAGCAACAGUGUUAGUAAAAAAUUAAGUGAAACAAACAAUUCAACAUCAAGUAAAUUCAAUUCCCUGAUAAAAAGUAAAUUGGAUGUGAAUAGCAACAAUAAUAAUAGUAAUAAUAAUAUCAAAUCAAUUGAUCCAUAUUGUCUAGUAUCUCAUCUGAAUUUCAUGGAUAGUAAACUUUCAAAGAAAACUCCAAAAAACAAGUCAAGUAAAUCAGAUGAUAAACCAAAGAAAGGCCGGACUAAAGCAACGCCAACACCAAAAGGAGCAACACCAACACCUCAGGAAAACGCAAAAAAUGUCAAAGAAAAGAGCAAAAAGACCUUUGUCCCACCAGCGACGACAAAACUGGCCUCUUUAGCCUCGCUUUUGCCACCGCCACCUCCACCAUUGCCUGUACCCUUGCCGCCACUUUCAGUCGUUUCUUCAUCCAACCACGCAUCCGAGUUUAAAGUACCUUUGGAUCAAUCUUUAGCAACUCCUGAUCAACCUUUAAACCUUUCGUGUGGCUCACUGAAUGAUUGUCGUCGUAAAAGUUCAUCAGGAAAACAGUUGAACUCAAAAGCAGGCUCCAGUGAAAUGUUGGAAGGUUAUCAAUCAUCAGCUCUUGAUUUAUCUAAAUGUCGUUCUUCACCAACAACUGGAUCAAACUUGACUACAGUCUCACCAACAACGUUAGCCUCAACAUCAUCAUCAUCCCUUUCAUCAUUAUCUUCUUCAUCACCAACCUCUUCCUCCUCAUUUUCACCUUCACCCUCAUCAUUACAUCUAAAAUCAUCAUCAUCAUCAUCACUGCCAUUGUCCAAACCAUUGUCUUCAUCAACAUUAUCAGGCUCACUUGAGUCAACCACUUUCAAUCAAAAUAAUGAUCCAAUCUUAAAGGUUAAUUCAAAAUCAUCUCCUAACAGAACAAAUCGUAUCUCACCCUUAUCAUCAUUAUCGUCAUCAGUUAAUCAUCUUACUGUCAAUUCAUCUUCCAAUCCACCGGCAACAGUAAAACUGAAUACCAAAGUUACCUCUUCUUCCUCUUCCUCCUCAUCUUCAUUAACUUCAAUCGAUUCCCUAAAGUUAACUGUUAAACCUGCAAUUGCUUUAUCAAAACGACCAGUCAACAAUCUCGACACCAACAUAUUAGAUUUUUCAUCCCUUCAACAUCUAACCAAAUCAAAUUCAACCUCUGACUAUCUCAAAGGUGAAUCAACCGUGUUUACAUAUUCAUCAUCUUCUUCAUCGUCCUCGUCUUGUUCAUCAUCUUCCCUGAUUCCUGGUAAAGGAGUGAAAAGAAAAAAAGAUUCCUGUAAAUCAAAAGCUUCUUCAUUAUCGAGUUCAGUUAAUAAUCAUGAAACCAAUUCAUUCCUUGGUGAAGGCCAAAAUGAUGUAAAUAAUUUGAUCUCUUCGGUAGCCAAUGGAACCAUAUCAAUGAGUAAAGAUAAAUUGUUGGAAAACUCUUUAAUAUCAAAUGACAAUAGCAAUGAUAGUCACCUGUCUAACCAUUCAAUGGAAAGUGAAUUUACUGGACGUUUCAAUGAGGAUUCAAUGGGUGACGCCACAUCACCGGGUGAUAAAAGUCGCAAGAAAAAGGCACGAACAACCUUCACUGGGCGACAAAUCUUCGAGCUGGAAAAACAGUUUGAAAUUAAAAAGUAUCUCUCUUCGUCUGAAAGAGCUGAAAUGGCAAGACGCCUUCAAGUCACUGAGACUCAGGUAAAUAAGGUUAAAAUUUGGUUCCAAAAUCGAAGAACCAAAUGGAAGAAACAAGAAGGAAUUACCAAUGCUCAAGCAGCUGAACAUCGAGUUACUGGAGGAGAUAAAAAUUCAACUUCUGGGGAAAGUCAUAAAAAGAAGAGCAAAUCGAGUAAAAAUGGUUCAUCGACCGUUGCCUCGACAGUUAUGCAGCAAAGUUCAUCAGCUUGUUCCGAUACAUGUGAGGAUGUUGACAUGAUGGACAUGGAGUCAACCAAUAAUAGCAAUAGCAGCUUCAUAUCAGCAAGUUGUACUAAAAUGGGUUCAGAAGAUGAUGAAAAUAAACUCAACUCGGCUCAAAAUUUAACUUCUAGAGCAACAUUGAAAGCAGAUUUUGAUUUGAAAAAAGAUGGAUCCGGGAUCAAUGAGGAGCAAUUAAAUAAAUUGUCAAAUACCAUGUUCGAUGACACUGAUGAGGUUGAUUUUGAUGAUGACGAGGAUAGCCUGGCUCCACUUAGAAUUGCUGAAUCAGAAGACAUUUCCGAUGAAGAAGGCGAUGAUGAAGAGACUGGAAAGCCUUCAAACGAUAGCAAUAGAGACACAAUCAGCUGUCGACUCAACGUUUACAAUCAAGAUGAACCUGAAGAGGAGGAAAAGGAUCAAAAUAGUGACCACAAUGAUGAAAAUGGUGACCAUGAGGAAGAUGACACUGAUGAUAGAAAGGAGAAUGACAAACCUGAACUGAUGGCGGAAUCAAAGGUGGCUGAAAGUAAAGGUUGCACUGAACCUAAAUUUGAUGACGAUAACUUGAACCACCUUCAACAGCAACAAUCUAAUUUGGUUAAAUGUUUAACUAAAUUGAACGAGAUGCCUUCAACUGAAAACAGGGUUUUAGAUAAUAAAAAUGAUGAUUAUAACUCAUCUUGAUCAAUUUGCUUGACUCGUAAUAUUAGGGUGUCCGGGUCAAUGUGACCGGCUUUUAAAUGUGAAUAUUUUAUCGAUACCCGAACCAAUUCAGCCAAUUCUUUCGAAAAUCAAAUGAAUAGAGAUUCAGCCUUUUUUUGACACAACUUGAACCCUCGUCGCAUUGGUAAUUCAAAAGUUAUUUGAAAAAAAA